AUUCUAUCCUGUAUUAUAGGAACCACACCUCGUUGGCUGAGGAUCUGAACUCAACAGCAACUUUAACCCAGCUACCGAGAGGAGCCACACCGCCGGGGAUCAGCCACCGUGGACGGUGGGUCUGCCAACGCCAAGGAAGAUUGAAGAACAGAAGGACAAUCGCGUCUUUUUCUGAAAUCGGAUUUGGAACCGGGUCGUCGUCGUCUCAUUCAGUGACCCGCGUCCUUCCUCGCCGCUUCUACAACCUUCUUUACACCGGAGAGCCUCACGGCGUCGGACUAGCAGAACUCCAACCAAGCUGGCCGUCUCUGACAAUAUGAGCGACUUCUGGCACAAGCUGGGCUGCUGCGUGGUAGAGAAGCCCCAGCCGAAAAAGAAGAGGAGGAGAAUCGAUCGAACCAUGAUCGGGGAGCCCAUGAAUUUUGUACACCUGACACAUAUAGGAUCCGGUGACAUGGGGGCCGGCGAUGGUUUACAGAUGGGUGGAGCUAUGCAGGAACAGAUGAGGUCAAAGUGCGGCCGAGACAGACAGUGGAGCAACUCCCGAGUCUUGUAGCUGUUCUCAGUAAGCGGAACAUGUGAAACGAGAGCCACCGAGAACAGCCGGGCGGAAGCACAGUGGUGCAAUCACUGGAUAAGUUAUUCAAUGUUCAACCUUCCGAAAAGUUUUUUUCUUUUCCUUGUUAUUUUUUUAAAUAUUUUUGUCGAGUUUAUGAGAGAAAAAAAAAAGAAUCUGAAGAAUGUGCAAUAUUUUUAUAGUACAUUUUUUUGGAAUUUCCUUUUUUUUCUUGGCCGAGUUGAUUCCUGCUUGUCUACGUAACUCCACGGACUAUUUAUCUUCGUUAUCUGUUUGUGUAACUGCUGUAACCAAGUGAAGUGUUGCCGGCGUUUGAUAAGAUGAGAGCACUUGGUCCGCCGGUAUCUCCCGACUGCCUACGCUUAACUUGAGACUUUUCAACAUUCCGAGCGAAUAUUUGUGCAACGAACAAAAACAACAUAAAAAAAAAAAAAAA